UUGUUAUUUCGACCACGUUGGAUACAGUUAAAUUGAAAUAUUGCAUCAAAAAGUUAAAAAGAUGAAGUUCUUAAUUGUCUUAGUUUUAUUUGCUGUGAUUACUUAUGCUCUUCCUAUUAAAGAAGUCGGCGAGAAUGUUGAAUCUGAACAAUCACCAUUGGCCAUUGUUGAUUUGGAAAUUGACAGUGCUGAGAACAGUAAUGUUGCACGUGUGAAACGUCAAUUUGGUAGUAGCUUCGGAUUUGGUAGUGGAUUAGGUGGUUCCAGCGGAUUUGGUAGUGGAUUAGGUGGCUCCAGCGGAUUUGGUGGAUUCGGCAGUCGUAGCAACUUUGGUGGAUCUGGAGGCUUAGGGGCCUUAGGGGCCUUAGGUGGCUUAGGUUUUGGAAGUCGUGGUGGCUUUGGUAGCUCUGGUUUCUCAAGCGGCUUAGGGAGCUUUGGUAGCUCUGGACUCUCAAGUGGCUUGGGAGGAUUUGGAAGGGGUUUCGGGGGAUUUGGAGGCAACAACCAUGGACAUCAUCAUCAUCAUAAUCAUGGAAGCCUUUUGGGAAAAUAAAUAAAGAAGAACUUUAAAAGUCGUCCAGCAAACUCAUGAAAUUAAGACACUGUACAUUAUUAAUUUUGUCAUUCACCAAUGUUUAAAAAAAUAAAUAAAAUCUCGUUGAUUUUUUAAUAUUUUUAAAAAGGAAAAUGUUUUAUCAUUAAAUCUGUUUGUUGUCAAACUAUCUCUUUUAUCGUUAUAAGGAUAAAUGGAUCUAAUAUUUGGGUUACUGGAAUUGCAAUUGGUCUAAAGUCUCCAACGCUUGGAUCAAAUUGCUGUAUUACGGUGAUUGUUUGUGUUAAAACAGGGUUGUCUUCACUCAUACACGUGUUAAACUGAAUAAAUAUGAUGUUUUUAUAAUAUAAACCACUUUUUUAAGUUCUUUUACACUUCA